UAUCGGCCGCAGCAACGAACUGCUCUCACUCGCAACUGCGCAUCCAAGUAGUUCAGACGUGCUCCUAAAUUGUCACUCUCAGCGUUUGAACCGUUUCUUCGUGCAGCAUGUCUCGGCAGCAGUUUUCCAAGUGUCCUCCGAUUGCGGUGGAUGAUGAAGUGUACGAAAUUCGGCAGUGUCUGUACUCGGUUCCGGAGGAAUUCUUUCUGAAGGAGGAACCGGUCCCGGACGAGCAGUGCCUUUCGGUGACUCUGAGUACGGUUUCGUCGGGUGGAGUUCCCGCGGUGCCGUCCUACACCAGGCUCGAGGAUCUGUUCGACUUGGGGGCCAUAUCACCGGAGGUCAUCGAUAAGCUGUGCUUCACCGAGAUGAUGCUGAUAAGCGCCGGCGGCGAAAGCGCAGAGGAAUCUGCACUGGUCGGUGGAUUAGCCAUCCAAGUGGAGUCUAUUGCUGACGAAGUGAUUGCCGUUUUUUGCAGCUCUCAGUUCUCGAUGGGCGACGACAAGGCAGCUCGGUCGGAAUUAUUGGCCUUGACCGAUAGGCAGCUGAGCCCAUUCCAGGAGCGCAAAUCGGAAACGGUGCAGGAUGGAGACUUCCUACAGGAGAAGCAACUUCAGCUGUACUUUGACGAGGACCAGAACGUAACGGCGGUACGGCAUGAAACGAUAGGAGAUAAAACCGAAACUUGUCACGGGGUCCUCGAAGGUCAUCAGGAAGGCAUUCUGAUUCCAGACGGUCUAAACGUCCUCUUCAUGCGGUACCUCAUGGUAACUGACUUCACCGGAGAACUGCACACCCGGACGAUCGACAUCACGGGCCGUGUUGGUCACUCAAUCUACCAGAUCACCAACGCAAUACCGACGAAGGUCAACGGAGAUAUCCACGACAUCAAGCAGGUCAUCCGUACAAUCUACUACGACGACACGGAAGAGCCCGAAGUGAGCGUCAGUCACUACUUCACCGAUGGUCACCUGCAAAGCCACACGUGGAACAACUCCAAGUACUACCUCACCAUGAACCGGGUCUCGGAAAUGUCCCUGGACAUGGAGGACAUGUGCACCACAAUGCAGGUUUACCUUGAGGAACUUGCCAGGCUGCUCGAGGGAACUCCCAAGGACGUUACACCCGCCAGGUCAACCGACGUUAUCCGGGGAGUCCUCUCUGAAAUCAUGAACGCCGUCUCGUACAAAUCAAUCUCCACCUCCAGGUCGCAGUUAACCCACGGUUCCGAGGCAACCGAAAAUGUCCGGCAAGUUCUCGUGGAAAUAAUAAAUCAAAUGUCGCUUUCGUAACAAUAAAUUUGGGUGUUAUUUGAA